GUGUAAGUCAAGGUCCUAUAUUUGAAAAUACUCGAGCACGUACAAUAGGAAAGAAAGUGUCAAGUUUCAGGUUAUGUCUAAGGUAAGGUGGCUGAUGGAAAACAUCCGUACAUUGAUAGCAAGAUGCAGGAAUCAACGAGUUUCAUUUUUGGAAGAAUUUGAAGCUGGGAAUAUUGAAUCUAACCCAGAUGAAAAGAGAGGAACGAGCUGUUGGAAAGGGUAUCACACUUUCACAAUCGAUCCAUCAGGAAACUUCUACUAUCGCUGGCUUUUUAUUAUUUCUUUUGCCGUACUCUACAACACCCUGUUUAUCAUUGGUCGAAGUGUUUUUUGGGAACUGCAGAAUCAUGCUCCCAUAUUGUGGUACGUCGUGGACUAUCUUUGUGACGUUAUUUAUAUAAUCGAUAUGGUGAUCCAAGCUCGUACAGGUUAUUUGGAGCAAGGGCUUCUGGUUCGGGAUUCUACAAAAUUAUUCCUUAACUACCUAAAGUCUCGUUAUUUUAAAAUCGAUUUUGUAAGCCUCCUUCCAACAGAUAUUCUCUACAUGAUCCUAAAAACCUCUUGUUAUAUCAAAAUACCUUGCUCUAUUAUUGUCCGCCUCAACAGGAUCCUUAGGAUUUACCGAAUAUUUGAAUUCUUUGAUCGAAGCGAAACGAGAACUAACUUUCCCUAUGCUUUCAGAAUUGGAAAACUAAUUUUUUAUAUUCUAGUGAUCAUUCAUUGGAAUGCCUGCUUAUUCUUUUCUGUUAGCUAUUUUAUUGGAUUUGCAAACGACUCUUGGGUCUAUCAAAACGUCAGUAUUCCAGUGUACGCAACGUUGAGCUAUCAGUAUAUAUAUUGUUUCUACUGGUCCACUCUUACCUUGACAACCAUUGGUGAAGUUCCAGUUCCAGUAAAAGACUAUGAAUAUCUUUUUAUGGUCAUUGUCUUUCUUAUUGGAGUUUUGAUUUUUGCUACAAUUGUUGGAAACGUUGGGAGUAUGAUAUCCAGCAUGAAUGCUGCUCGAGCAGAAUUUCAAACUAAAAUGGAUAGUGUCAAACAGUAUUUAGAGUUCAGAAAAGUAAAUAAAGAACUUGAAAAUAGAGUGAUACAAUGGUUUGAUUAUUUGUGGAUGAAUAAAGAAUCACUGGAUGAAGAUAAUAUUAUGUCUAUUCUUCCGGACAAGUUAAAAGCAGAAAUUGCACUCUAUGUCCACCUUGAUACUCUAAAACGUGUAAAACUUUUUCAAGACUGUGAAGCAGGUCUGCUGGGUCAGUUGGUCCUUAAGUUGAAGCUUCAGGUAUUUAGUCCUGGUGACUACAUUUGUCGUAAAGGAGACGUGGGAAAAGAAAUGUACAUUGUGAAAAGAGGGAAAUUGGAGGUCGUCGCUGAUGACGAAGAAACAGUUUUUGCCACAUUAGAAGAUGGUAGCGUUUUUGGGGAGUUAAGUAUCAUGAAUAUUUCAGGUAUGAAAACUGGUAACCGACGGACAGCAAAUGUAAGGAGUGUAGGUUACUCGGACUUGUUUGUUCUGUCGAAAGAAGAUCUCUGGAAUGUUCUUGAGGAAUACCCAGAAGCUAAAAAGAUGCUGGUUGAGCGUGGGCGACAAAUACUAAUGAAGGAUGGUCUUCUAAGCAAGGAAGCCAUCGAAGCAGCGAAGAAAGAAAAGGAAAAACUUCCUUAUAAAUCUUCUCGCCUUGAAGAUGCGCUUAAUAAGAUGGAGAGACGGUUCACAGACUUUUUGAAAGAAUACGCUGUGUCUCAGAGAGAAAUUAAACAACUUACUACAUACCUAGAGAAUCUAGACUACGAGAUGGAUAAUUAAUACACUGUUUAUCAUAGUCGUUUUAACUUCAAAUGUGAUCAA